AAACGGACGUAAAACGAGUUGUUUCUGAAUUGCAUAUUUUCAACCAAACGAAGGGAAUUAAUAUUUUUCUUUCUUUCAUCAUUCAGUUUCAUUUCAUAUUAAGUCGCGCAAACGCUUCUCUUUCGUUCUUUAAAGUGUUUCUUAAACGAAAGCAUGGUGAACCGUGACUUCGUAACCGAGUACAGUUCAUUGCCUUAUGUAAAACUUGAAAUGGCUUUUCUUCCUUGAGUGACCGAAUUAAAUAGUGACUUAUGUGUUUCAUGUGAUCUCUAUUGGUUUGUGAAGCGGUCUAAGUGUUACAAUGGCUAAUUCAACGGCUCAAGUGUUAAUGAAGAAGGGUAAAAGGGGGGCAGCCGCUUACAUACAUGCGGACUGCUCCAGCGGAUCACCACAGCACUUGGGGCCACUUCUAGACGUUCUGCUGAACCCUAGCAAGGCUAUAGACGAGUGGGAGACCAUUGACUGGUGUCGGUGGCUGCUGGCUGGAGGUAGAACACCAGAUGAAUUCGCUGCAGUCGUGCGAAGCUACGACAAACAUGACAAGUGCGGCCUAGUGUGGAUACCGCGCGUGGUCGCCUACCGCUGUCGGACGUGCGGUAUAUCGCCCUGCAUGUCCAUUUGCAGAGAAUGCUUCCACCGAGGCGAUCACUCCACGCACGACUUCAACAUGUUCUUAUCCCAGGCCGGUGGCGCCUGCGACUGUGGUGAUAAGUCCGUCAUGAAGGAAGACGGAUUCUGCAGUAACCACGGUAAUAAAUGUCCUCGGCCCGGCACCGUUCCCGCGGAACUGAUGUGUGUUGCUGAAGCGAUGAUGCCGCGGCUCAUACUACGGCUGCUCCAGCACUUCAGGGAGAACAGCAGUGGAAGCCAAACCAAUUCAGACCGGUGUCGUAUUGCGGUUCAAGAGUGCGAGGGCUACGUUCAGAUGUUGAUGGAGUUCAAUAACAUGGGUGACCUCAUGCGUUCGGCCAUGACUAAGGCGCUUAUUAACCCACAGAUGUACAGGAAUCUUGUGGUUCCACCAUUCCCGGACACGGAGUACGGGGCGUACAUGGCGGAGUCACACCACAUGUACGAGAGGGCGUUAGAUCUGUUCCCAGCACCGGAGCCGCCUGACGAGUACUGCCACCUGCCGGCGCUCGCGCCUCGACUGACGCACAACACGCUGUUGGAAGAAUUCAUAUUCUGGACUUUCAAAUACGAGUUUCCGCAGAACGUGGUCUGCUUCUUGCUGAAUAUGUUGCCCGACCAGGACUACAAGGAGCACCUGACGCGCACGUUUGUGCUGCACUACGGGCGCAUCCCGCUGGUGCUGGAGGCGGCCGCCGACCCCGACACGCUGUCCAACCGCGUCGUGCACAUGUCCGUGCAGCUGUUCUCCAACGAGGCGCUGGCGCUGCGCUGCGUGCAGCACCUGCACCUGCUGCACGUCAUGGUGCUCUCGCUGCGCCUCAUGAUGGCCAAGAUCCUCGUGCAGAACACGCUGCACGACCCCCGCCGCAACUACCACCGCGUCAUCGACUGCACGCAGAAGGUCAUGAAGGAGCACUGCUACUGGCCACUCGUGUCCGACUUCAACAACGUGCUGUCGCACAAGAGCGUCGCGCUGCUGUUCCUGCAGGACGACGCGCUCAUCGACAUGUGGUUCGAGUUCCUGUCCAUGCUGCAAGGCAUGAACGUGAACGUGCGCGAGACCGGCGGGCACAUCGAGUUCGAGCCGUCGUCGUACUACGCGGCGUUCUCGUGCGAGCUGGAGGCGGCCGCGUACCCCAUGUGGUCCGUGCUGUCGCACCUGACGGCGCCCGAGCACGCCCCGCUGGCGCGCCGCAUGCUGGGCGCGGCGCUGGGCAGCCUGCGCGCGUGGCUGGGCGCCGUGCAGUGCACCGAGCUGCGCCCCGAGCGCGACGCCGCCAUGCGCGCCUCCUUCCACUUCCCGCUGCACCGCUACCUCGCCGCCUUCCUGUGCGCCGCCGUGCGCUGGAUGGGCGUGCGCGCCGCCGACGUGCUGCCGCCCGCGCCGCUGCUCGCGCUGCUGGCCGCGCACCCGCUGCGCGUGCAGAGUCUAUUCUACGAGAUCCUGGCUGGAGUUUGGGUCAGGAACGGCCUCCAGAUCAAAGGCCAAGCGAUGACCUACAUCCAGGCGAACUUCUGCAAUUCGAUGGUCGACAUGGACAUCUACUGGCUGCAGAUAUGCGCCGCCCACCUGCCGCCGGACCAGUUCAUGGACAUGUGCAUUGACAUGUUCGGAGUCCGGGAGUGGUUGAGCAUGCUGCCCAUGUCGCCGGUGCAGGCGGCCGAGCAGGACGCCAUGGUCGAGGGCCUGCUCACGUUCCUGGCGAUACUGGUCUCCUCCAGGACCAACCUGGGCAACGACGAGCUCACGCAGUCCCGGCUGGAGGUGAGCACGCUGCUGGCCGCCGGCGACAAGACGCACUCGCAGCUGCUGGAGCUCAUGCCCGAGCGCUCCGGGAACGCGCACACCAAGAACUUCGAGACCGUGCUCAAGGAGCUGUCCACGUACCGGCCGCCGCCCCGGGGCUCCGAGAACCUGGAGCAGGGACUGUUCGUGCCGCGCCCCGUCGUGUGGGAGCAGUACUACGACCCGCUGCACGUGCUGCGCCGCGCCGUGCACCGCCGCGACUUCCACGCCUCCAUGGAGCGCUACACGGCCUACGUCCGGGAGAAGAGGAAGGGAGCGGGCUCGGCGGCGCGCCUGGGCACGCUGUGGCCCCCCCUGCGCGCGCCGCCCGGCCCCGCGCCCCCCGGCGCCGGCGACCCGCGCGCCGUGUGCCGCAGCGGCGUGCUGCUGGGCGCGCUGCUGGCCGUUGCUGCACCGCGCCGUGCACCGCCGCGCCGCCGGACCACCGCCCCCGCACGCGCCGCCCGACCACCCGUGCUGGCGCUGGCGCUGCCACUGCUGGACGCGGGGCGGCUGGCCGCCCGGCGCCGGCCCGCCGGACCCGCGCAAGCCGCGGUGCUGCAGCGCGAGGAGGGCGCGGCGCGCUGCGUGUCGGGCGCGGCGCUGCUGCGGGCGCUGGGCGGCGCGUGCCCCACGCAGGCGGCGUGCACGCGCGUGCUGGCCGUGCCGCGCCCCGCGCCCCGCCCCGCGCCGCCCGCGCACUACGCGCCCGUCGACAGCGACACGGAGUGGGAGUCCUCGGAGCUGGAGCCGGCGCUGCUGUCGCUGCCCACGGCCCCCAGCACGGCGCUGGCGGUGCCCUCGCCGCGACAGGUGGCGCGCGGGGACUCCAUGGCGGAGGACCGCUCCGACGACGCCGACGUCAUGCCCUACGUGCGCGCACUCGAGGGGAUCAUGGAGGACGAGAGCCGCGCCCUGGUGCUGCAGGACUCCGAGAUGAGCCUCGCGCUGCCCGCCGGCCCCCCGCGCGCCCCCCCGCCGCACCGCAUCGACUACGACACGGAGGGUCCGGAGUGGGACGACGCCCCCGCGCUGCCCGCCCCUCCACACUUCGACCUGCCGUCCACCAGCAACCACGACACGCAGAUGGAGCUGCAGAACCAGACGGAGGAGGACUCGAUACCCGUGAACGAGUCCAUAAUAUCGUUGCUGCUGAAGUUGCACUCGCAGCUGUCCGGCCGCCUCGACUCCUUCAGCCCCGACGAGCCCGCGCCCGCCGCGCACGAGCCCGUCGGCGACGGCCCGUUCUGGAUCGGGCGCGUGCUGCGGCGCAUGUGCAGCCUGGACCCGCGCUGCCGCCAGCACGUGCAGCACGUGCGCGAGCAGCUGUGGCCGCAGCAGCGGGAGCGCCACGCCGAGCACCUGGCCAGGGAACGCGCAGAGAAGGAGGAGCGGUCCAGGCGAGCUCGCGAGCGGCAGGAGCAGGUAAUGCGCGAGUUCGCCGCGCGACAGCAACGGUUCCUGUCCAGCAUGCGCGACAUGGACGACGAGGAGUGGGUCGAGGAGCCGCUGGAGCCCGACUACACCUGCGUCAUCUGCAACACGUGCGCGCCCGCCUCCGCCGCCGACCCCGUGGGGCUGGUGGUGCUGGUGCAGGCCAGCAGCGUGCUGGCGCACCGCGCGCCCGCCGGCUGCGAGCCCGCGCGCCUGCCGCUCACCGAGCCCGACCGCGCCCGCCUGCGCGCGCACCGCGACCGCACCGCCGGCCAGCACCAGGCGCGCGUGCUGGACGAGCUGCGCCAGCACUUCGACGGCGCCGGCGUGGACUCGUGGGAGGGCGGCGUGCACGUGCAGUCCUGCCAGCACCACCUGCACCUGCGCUGUCUGCACGCCUACCUGCGCGCCCUGCACGCGCCGCGCCCGCACAACCUGCACGUGGAGCGCGGCGAGUUCCUGUGCCCGCUGUGCCGCCAGCUCGCCAACACCGUGCUGCCGCUGGCGCCGCGCCCCGCCCGCCCGCCGCGCCUGCCGCUGCCCGCCGCGCUGCCCGAGCCCGCGCCGCAGCCGGCGCCCACGAAGCUCUCGGAAGCGAUGGGGAAGGCCAUGGAGGACAUCACGGCGGCCGCGGGGGGCAAGCUGAAGCAGCGGUACGGGUCCUCGCCCGCCGACAUCUUCGCCUUCGUCACGUCCCUGGUGCGGACCAACCUGGAGUGCGAGCUGGUGCAGCGAGGAGGGACCCUGCUCACCGCGAGCGCGCCCAGAUAUAAACCUAGAAAUGAGUGUAUAGUGCCGCUGAUGGUGGUGGCGGGCUUCCACAGCCGCGUGCUGAGCGCGGCGGGCGCGGGGCUGGGCGUGGCGGACACGUGGCGCCUCGUGUCGCCGCCCCCCGCGGCCCCCGCGCCCGCCGGCCCCGCCCCCGCCCCCGCGCUGGCCCCCGCGCCGCCCAGCGACGCGCGCCCCGUGCCCAUCCUGCUCAAGGACCCGCUGGACCUGCUCAUACAGCUGCUGCUGGUGGCGCCGCCCGACCCGCCGCACGUCGACAUACAGGACUUUAAUCUGAUCGUGCGGCAACUGUACACCCUCACGUACUAUCAAAUAGUAUGUCAGUUUUGUGCGAACGCGACGCCAGAGGAGAGGGCGGCGCUGGCGGCGGGGGGAGGGGGCGACGAUGACGUCAGGACCAACGCCAGGGUCGUGCUGGCCGCCCUCGCCGACUCCGAGCUGUUCACUGAGGACGGGCCACCCGCGCAGGAGCAACCCGCGCCCAUGGACUUCGAGAAACUUGAAGAAGAGUUGAAGCGGUUGUCGCUGCCGUUCCUGCGCGUGUGCGCCCUGCUGCGGCACCACAUGUACGGCGCCGCGCUGCCGGACGUGGCGGCGCCCGAGCAGGAGUACGCGCGGCUGGCGCAGUACCUGGACCUGGGCGCGGCGGGGCGGGGCGCGGCGGGGCGGGGCGCGGCGCGCGGCUGGGCGCGGCAGCUGGGCGCGGCGGCGCAGCGCUCGCAACUGGGCCUGCGGCGGCUGCUGCGCGCGCAGCACGUGGAGUGGGCGCCGCCCGCGCUGCUGGCGCUGCCGCACGAGUACGACCGGCUGUUCACGCACUACCACGAGCGCGUGUGCUCGCAGUGCGGCGCCGCGCCCAAGGAGGCGUCCGUGUGCCUGGCGUGCGGCACGCUGGUGUGCCUGAAGGCGGCGUGCUGCCGGCGGCACCAGGUGGCGGAGGCGGUGCGGCACGCGGCCCACUGCGGCGCCGGCACCGCCAUCUUCCUGGUCGUCACCUCCACCUACAUUAUCGUCAUCCGCGGCCGCCGCGCCUGCCUGUGGGGCAGCCUGUACCUGGACGACUACGACGAGGAGGACCGCGACCUCAAACGCGGCAAGCCCCUGUACCUCAGCCGGGACCGGCUCGAGCUGCUGCAGGCACAGUGGCUGGCGCACAGGUUCGACCACACGAAGCGGACCUGGGUCUGGCACCGGGACUCGCUCUAGGACGUCGCUCCCCGCGUGCUGCCCGCAUAAACUGUUACUGCUAGCGUUAGAAGUAUAACGUUGCCGCGCGGCCCCGCCCGACCGAGGCGCAGUCGGCGCGGCGUGUGUAACAACAAUAAUAUUAAAGUCACAUUAUUAUUAGAGAUAUUUACAACAAACCAUAUUUUGUAUAAAAGAGACAAAAUGCUAUAGAGUAUUUAGUUAAAGAGACAAAAAAAUAUUUAUAAUUAAUUCGUGCCUUCUCAUUGACAAAUGUUUGACCGUACCGCGCUAGGGAUCUGUUACUCAUUGAUAAUAUUAUAAAGCUAUUUUCAUGCUGUUGUACUUACACAUUGACAAGUUGUUAGAAUGUAUAACUACUAGUGGCGGGGCGCGGCGCGGUCCGCGGGCGCCCCCCACUUGUCUGUAUGGCCUUAGUUUAUCAUCUCAAAGAUGGAUAUUAAUAUAUUCGUUCGAAAAUGUUGUGCUAUAUACUAUAUACACUGUAGAACACUAAAUCUGAAAUCUGUAAGUUCCCAAAGUGCGCCACCGGGACAGCAGCAACACCGGUCGCUUGACUUUGUACAUUUUGUUUGUAGUUUUUUGUAGAAUUCACAUCCUGUGUAGUUCCGCGCCGGGCUCGAUGCUCGCACAAUAUAUUAUUUGAAGUUAGUUUCGGUGCUGAUACCGACCGCAAUGCAAAUUUUUGGUCUCAUUAAAAUUUUCAUUGAAAUAACUAUAAAGGGAGUUCCUCCACCGCUGGACGCGCGCCCCGCCCGCGGGGGGUUGGGGGAGGGGUCGCUACCGGAGCCCCGGGGCGGCGCCGGGCGGCGCCGGGCGGAGGACGACCACAAUCCUUGUUACAAUCUGCCCGCGCGACCUUUACUCACAUUUUAAUUUGCAAAUCCCGUCCGUAGUGUGCGGGACGACUCGAGCGCAGCCUCUAUGUGCUAAAUUAGUUAUUUGUAAAUAUUAUAUACAAUUAUAUAUAAUUUUUGAGUGUGCUGGGAGUUGCAAGGGCUGUGAAUAUGUAAAUUUAUGUCUGUUGUCUUUUUUACUGUACUUAGCUGUAAAUGUAUUAAGUUAUUUUCUCAUAAUGUUUUUUUCGUCUGCAAUGCUUUCUAUGUUUGACAAAUAAUUAUCUGAUUUAUUUUGAGAUUGGUUCGACUUUUAAUUUAUCUGUAGAAACGUUUUUUUUUCUUAAUGAGAAAUUUUGUUGUUCGGUUCUAGCUUAUCGUUGGACAAAUAAAUGGAUUCAAACAUUGUUGAUGUAAAUGUGGCAACACUAAAAACCAGUGUUACCUGUAUUUAAAUUGCCUUAUUCUAAAAGUUUAAUCAUCUUAUUAUUUCUAAAACAUGGGAUCGAAAUAAAGACUUUUUUGUCGACACGCUUGAAAUGUCAAUAACAAAAUAAUCAAUUAACUUGAAAUCGUUCAAGAAUGUUGUUAUUUCCUUCCCGUGAACGCGCAACUACAAAGUUAUGGUAGAACAAUAUGAACCGAGACCGAGCAUUUUACAGGGAACAGUUCACCAUUAAAAUUUUAUAUAGAAACGAAUAGAUUCUGAAUUAAUCGAAGCAAUUAAAUAUAUUUUCUGAAAUCUGUUAAAAGUAUUGAUUAAACACACUGAAAGAUCGCAAGCAACGAGCUGUGUCGAUACGGGCGGCCGCGUCACGCGACUGCUGUGUGCUUAGUGCGAGUUUUUAACGUUCUCGAUAGCGUAAAAGUUAACUCAGAUUUGCAUGGAGUUGAAACAGCGCCUCUAGCGGCAAACGUAGGCAAACGUUCCAACUCCAUAGAUAAGUUUUACGCUAUCGAGAACGUUAAAAAACUCGCACUAAGCACACUUUUCGUAUAAUUUAAUAUAGCGCUUGCAAUCUGUCUGUGCGUUGACAUUAGUGAAACGCAAUCCUCGCUGCGCCGCGACAUCGAACCGUCAAUAUUAAUGUGUAUAUUGUUCUUGUAUAUACGUGAAUAAAGUUGUUGAUAUU